UCGUUGGAAUCUUCUCGAAAACGAGUACCAACUGUGAACAAAGCACUUGCAUCCUCGGUUUAGUUCUAUGUUACCUAACUCGAGCGGAUAUUGUUAUGCCCUUUUUGCGUUCAUUUUCCGUGUAAAUUUCGCGUGAGGCAAUCCGGUUCCCAACAACAUGAUUGCCAAUUUCAAUGAUGCGCUAGCCUACUUUAUUUGUAGGCCUUGUAGAUCAAGUAUGCGAAGUGCCUUGGCAAUGGAGCAUAGUGGGGACGAGGGCAAUCUAGACAUAGACGUAAACGAUGACGACGGCGUGGAUGGCGACAGCCCGGACAAUGGUAGUGACAAAGAUUCUGACGCGUCGACGUGGGAAGACGAUACGGCCAGCGGGUAUGAGAAUGAGGAAGAAGAAACAGACGAGUAUGAAGCCACAAGCAAGUCUUCGCGAAGUCAAAAGCGACGCCAAGGCCGUGAUACCACAUUUCUUCCUCGAAAUCGUGUCCCCCUACUUCUGCAACAGCAUUGGAUCGCUAGAGUCGUUGCGAUUGCAGCUACUGUGCUUACUUAUCCGUCGAUUUCUGGCAGUACCUCUCCAGGUGGUAUUUCUGCAAUAAGAACUGCCAAUCUCACAUUUUGCCCUGGUCGAAACUUGGGGGAUCAUUACGAUCCAAUCGAUCGGCGUAAUGGAUUGCGUGUCAUGGACUUUCAUGUGCCCAAGACGCUCUUACCAGCCUUGAAGCGUCAUCUUGCUGCCGAUUGGCUUCAGGAUGAUGAUUACUCCCUGGUCUUGGCCGCUAUGGACGAUUGGAUUGACCAGGUACUGCUUGAUUAUCCACAGGUCCAGUGCAUCACCGAUGUCUUGGAAAAGGAACGCAUCUCCGGCAAUCGUUCCAGAUGCUUAGUCAAAGGAUAUUCCUUCUAUUACCAGACACCAACUUUCGCCAGCAUGUACGCCGAGGAUGGGGUUGGUACGAUUUCCACCGGCUUUCCGGGAGAUCGCGGUACCUUCGACUCGGUCAACUCGUUUCAUAACAUCAAGCUACCACAGCAACACCUCAAACGCUCCAAACUCCGACCCUCCCAUUUGACGUUUACCGGCUUUGCUGCCCAAUUUGACAAUCGCAGCCCGGAGCCGCUCUGGUUGUUUUGGGACGAUGCCCACAGCAAUCGUGCCACACUUAUUGGCGAGAUUGCACCACUCAAACGUUUGGGAACUGCCACUAUCCCCGGACAAGCAUUCUUCUUGACGCCGGUUCACGGCCGGUCCCAUAAAGUUGUUCGAUGGGUAGUCACGGCCGAAACUGCCGUUUACGUCUACGAUCCAUCGUCCACCCACACGCUGGAGCAACUCGACGAACAGCAAGUUAGUGCGCAGUGGAAGAAUGCAGAGCAGGAGCGUUUGUACGACAUGCUGCGCUUGCAUGACGAAUUUGCUUGCUACAUUUUAAACGACACUGGCUGGCGACCUUUCCCCGUUCCUUGCCCAUUCACCACUCGUGGUCUGCCAAGUUUUUUCUCGCAAACGCACUGCGUCGUUUUACCCGACACGGCUUUUUCCGAAACCAAGAACAACAACAACAAGAUCCAUCAAAGCGACCAACUCACCCUCAAGGUCGUGUCAGUCACACUCCGGGUUUUUGAAAUUGAACGAUUCCUUACACCAGACGAAUGCAACGCUCGUGGAAUUGGCGACGAGCAAUUCGACGGACGGUGGUGGCGGAUUCGGGACAAGCACAUCAGACAGCAACGAGAUUUGUCCACACGGUCGUCCUCCAAUACCUGGUUAGAACGAUCCGCUGCCGUGAACAAUUUGACUGAUCGGCUGUACCGUCGCGCCGCCCAUGUUUUACAAAUCGACGAAAGCUUGCUGCAAUCAGCCCUCCCCUUGGAUGAAGACGGCAACGAACCUACGUAUUCUAACUAUCACUCGCUGGCAGAAUCGUUGCAGAUUGUCCGAUAUACGGAAGGCGAAGAGUACACCGCACACCACGACUUUGUCUAUCCUCCAAUACGUCACCGCUAUCAACCAACACGAUUUGCCACCUUGCUUUUUUACUUAAACGACAAUUUCGAAGGGGGAAAACUGCAUUUCCUCGAGCCGUCAACGCUCAAUAUCAUGAAGACGACUUGUCUCAACACGCAUCGACUCCGGUCACUCGCGGCCAAAAGUACCUGGCAAACUUAUGGAUCUGGGAACCCAUGA